AUGCUCUUUUUACUUUUGCAUUUUGACCUGUAUGAACUAAAACGUCGUGCGUACCGCACUACUGUUGCAGUACUACUGUCACUGUCUACUCGGACACUUCAGUGCAAGCAAGGCAUCAAGUCGAGGUUCGACUUCGAAUGGACCAAACAGAUCCGGGCCUACUUCCUGGAGGACGUGGAGAAGUGUAUAAUCGCAAUCACGGACGUGAAUUUCGAGUACCAAAACGAGUUUGUCGGCUGCACCGAGCGGCUGGUGAUCACUCCGCUCACGGAUCGCUGUUACAUCACAUUGGCGCAAGCGCUCAACAUGAGCUUCGGCGGUGCUCCCACCGGUCCCGCCGGCACUGGCAAAACGGAGACAACAAAGGUGCCUCUUUUGCCGACUAGCCGAUCUGCAACCGAGCAACUCGCAAGCCAAUAUGGCAACCGAUCGGUUGCGUUGACACUUUGGGAGAGUAGACCAGAAGGGUUAGGAUUUGGCAAUAAGACACGUCAAUGGUAG